AUGUAUUGGGUACUCAUCGGAUUCCACACGAAGUCCGACAGCACCAGGCGGGCCACGCGACAUCGCGCACGCGAUUUUCUCGCCACACUUGCGCUUCACGUCCGGUCGCGUUCAACAUUUCGUCAUAGACCACCACUUUCUGUACAUUACCCUUAUUCCAGAAAAGGACUAGAAGUACAUCCUGUGAGCUGGAGAGCCGAAAAGUCUGGAGAGACCGGGCCCGAUCAGCACGGUGAGCGCACGAUGCUUCAUCGACGAGGUCACAGAAUUCUGAAUAUUAUCAUAUCAAUAUGUGUGGUGGGAUUUUUUGUUGUUGUCCUAAAAGGGCCGUCGACUGAUAGUAUCCUGUUGGAAACGCCGUCGUUCCCUCUGCUUCCUGACGUGCAGCUGCGCGGAAUAAAAGAUUUAGAGGUUAAUUUAGUGAACGACACCAUAUCCGACUAUGAAGGGGAGAUGGAUCUAACGUCCUGGCCAUUUUUUGUGUACAUGUCAGGUUCCUACUCGAACAUGACCAUUACCGGUCAGGAGAUUGUUCUAUCAGUGGAUUUCUUGAACGAGAACUUCGAUCUUUUGAAUCUGGCGAGGUUCGGGCCAGUCGAGAAUGUUAAGGUUGUUAUUGUUGUGCAGGUUCACAAUCGUCCCAACUAUCUCGCUAACCUCAUUGAUUCCCUUCGUCAGACUAAGGGUAUUGAAGAAACCCUAUUGGUCUUCAGCCACGAUAUCAAUGUUUCACCUGUAAAUGAAUUGAUUAGAAAUAUAACAUUCGCUCGGGUGCUUCAAAUAUAUUAUCCGUUUAAUAUGCAAAUAUUCCCACAUGUUUUCCCAGGACAAGACCCAAGAGACUGUCCAGAGCGACUGGGAAAGGAAUCGGCACUUUCUUCAAAAUGUAAGAAUGCUGAACAUCCUGAUAAAUAUGGAAACUACCGAGUUGCAAAGAUUACGCAGAUCAAACACCAUUGGUGGUGGAAGAUGAACUACGUGUUUGAUGGUGUAUUUGAUCGUUACGGUCUUUCUAACGCGUGGGUUCUACUCCUUGAAGAAGACCACUAUGUAGUUCCAGACGCGCUGUACAUACUCACCGAUAUCAUACGAAAUAGGCAGAAAUACUGUGAGAAUUGUGAAAUAAUUGCACUGGGGUCCUAUCUCCAGUCUUUUUCACAGUACGGAUCGACCAUUGCAAACCUUGGCGCUCACCCGUGGUAUAGCUCAAGGCACAACAUGGGAAUGGCUUUCCGACGUGAAUCUUGGCUUAAAGUCAAAAAUUGUUCGGAACUUUUUUGCAAAUACGAUGACUAUAACUGGGAUUGGUCAUUAAUGCAGGUGGUUGCUAAGUGCCUUCCAAAGCCAUUUCGUGUGGUGUUCACCAAGAGUCCAAGAGUUAUUCAUAUUGGGGAUUGCGGUUUACAUACCCACAGAUGUAAUGCACACAACACCUACAUGUCUAUCCUUUCGAUAAUGGCAAAGCAUGCGGAUUUAUUGUUCCCAAGUCGGCUCACUGUGACGGAUGUACGUUAA